UCGCUGUAGCUACAAUGCUGGUCUCUACUUCAGUUCUGGAACUGCACAAGCUUUACCGAGUUCUCCCUUUUGCUUCCUAAGUUUUGAUGUUUGAGUGGUCAUUUCAAGUUCAUCCUGAUUCCGCAUUGUGCCAAGGAAGUGAUUUUGGAAGCAGCUCAUGUUCGUGAAGAGAAGGUCUUGGUUUCUUUUGUUUCGACUGUAAAGAAGUGUUUGACUUAGUGUGUGGAUUUGAGCUCCACGGCUCAUUAAUCUUCUUUUACGAGGUUGAGAUUGCUUCUAUAACCAUUGGCGCUUCCUCAUUAUCGUGGAAGAAGGUACCCUGGCAUCUAAUUUGUUCAGGGAGAUAGUGGGUCUUGAAGCAAGAUAUCUGUUUGAACAAGAACCUUGAACUAUAUCUAAGUUGGCAUUACGUCAUUUAUUGGAGAAAAUGAAGCUCUUUAGUCUUUUGGUUUUAUCCUUAUCUUUCUUCUCUGUCAUGGGACAGCUUCCUUCGCAGGACAUCUUAGCAUUGUUGGAAUUUAAGAAAGGCAUCAAGCAUGACCCUACUGGUUAUGUCCUCAAUUCCUGGAAUGAAGAAUCCAUUGACUUUAAUGGAUGCCCAUCUUCAUGGAAUGGAGUUCUGUGUAAUGGUGGUAAUGUUGCUGGGGUUGUCCUAGAUAGCCUGGGUCUCUCUGCUGAGGCAGACUUGAGUGUUUUUUCAAACCUCACAAAGCUUGUCAGGCUUUCUUUGUCCAACAAUUCCAUAUCAGGAAGACUCCCUGACAACAUAGCAGACUUCAGAAGUCUUCAAUUUCUAGAUGUGUCCAAUAACCUUUUCUCUUCAUCCAUACCACAGGGAAUCGGUAAGCUAGCUAGCUUACUGAACUUGUCAUUGGCAGGGAACAAUUUCUCUGGUCCAAUUCCUGUCUCAAUUGCGGGGAUGUCAUCAAUCCAAUCUUUGGACUUGAGCCGUAACUCCUUUUCUGGAACACUGCCAGCUUCUUUGACUAAGCUGAAUAGCCUGGUAUCUCUCAAUUUGUCUCAUAACAGCUUCACUGGAAAGAUUCCCAAAGGUUUUGAUCUGAUGUCUGCUCUUGAAAAGGUUGACUUGCACGGAAAUAUGCUUGAUGAUCAACUAGAUAUUAAGUUUAUGCUUUUAACAAGUGCCAGUUAUGUUGAUUUUAGUGAUAACAUGUUAGUGAGUUCUAACUCCCGGCAGCAGAGGUUUCUACCCCGAAUCUCUGAAAGUAUCAAGUAUUUGAAUUUAAGCCACAACCAGCUGAUUGGAUUGUUAGAUAGUGAAGGUGAGCAGCCACUUUUUGAAGACCUGAAGGUGUUGGAUCUUAGCUACAAUCAAUUGUCAGGAGAACUGCCUGAAUUUGAAUUUGUCUAUGAUCUCCAAGUCCUCAGGCUUAGCAACAACAGAUUUUCAGGAUUUCUUCCAACUGGCCUGCUCAAGGGAGACCCUUUGGUUAUAACCGAACUUGAUUUGAGUGCCAACAACCUCUCAGGGUCAAUAGGGUUGAUCACAUCAACAACAUUGCGCUCUUUGAAUCUCUCAUCAAAUGGUUUCACUGGUGAGCUGCCACUUCUAACAGGGAGCUGUGCGGUUCUUGAUCUUUCAAAUAACAAACUAGAAGGGAAUCUAUCCAGGAUGGUAAAAUGGGGAAAUAUAGAAUUUCUUGAUCUCAGUAGAAAUCAUUUGACAGGGCCCAUUCCUGAGGAAACUCCUCAGUUUUUACGAUUGAAUUAUCUGAACUUCUCCCAUAAUGAUCUUAGCGGCUUCCUCCCCAGAGUCUUAAUGCAGUAUCCGAAGCUAAGAGUGCUCGAUGUUAGUUCCAACGAGUUAGAUGGACAGCUUCCUGAUAAGCUGCUUGCUAUGACAACUUUGCAAGAGCUUCAUCUUGAAAAUAAUUUCAUUUCAGGUGGCAUUAAUUUAUCAUCUUCCCCUGGUGAAUCUGAUCUUCAGAUUCUUGAUCUUUCUCACAACCAAUUUAACGGGUACUUUCCUGAAAUUUUUGGAUCAUUAACUGGCCUGAAAGUACUCAAUAUUGCUGGAAAUAAUUUUUCUGGUUCUCUUCCAACUGCCAUUGGUAUGAGUUCAUUAGAUUCGUUGGAUAUAUCAGAUAAUCAUUUUACAGGUCCAUUACCAACUGACCUGCCAAAGGGACUAGAAAACUUUAAUGCUUCAUACAAUGAUCUGUCUGGUAUUGUCCCAGAAAAUCUUAGGAAGUUCCCCAGUUCUUCUUUCUAUCCUGGGAAUGCUAGGUUACGUUACCCAAAUGGUCCUCCUGGAUCAACCAAUAUGCCUGCUGAAGGUUCAAAGAAGAAGCCUAUGAGCACUAUCAUUAAAGUAAUAAUUAUAGUAUCAUCUGUGGUUGCGCUAUUCAUAGUAAUCCUGCUUGCAAUCUUCAUACAUUACGUACGCAUUUCAAGAUCUCCACCAGAAUAUGCUGCUAGUAAGGACAUACAUGGGCGUGCUCAACAAAACUUACCUGGCACAGGCCGUGCAACAGAUAGGGGUGGUGCUUUGGUUGUAUCAGCUGAGGAUCUUGUGACCUCAAGGAAAGGAUCGUCUUCAGAGAUAAUCAGCCCAGAUGAAAAAUUGGCAGCCACUGCUAUGUCCCCAUCAAAAAACAGCCACUUCUCCUGGUCACCAGGGUCUGGUGAUUCAUUCACUGCUGAAAAUUUUGCAAGACUUGAUGUGAGAUCACCUGAUAAGUUAAUAGGCGAGCUGCAUUUUCUUGAUGAUGCAAUAACGUUGACCCCCGAGGAGCUGUCAAGGGCCCCUGCUGAGGUUUUGGGGAGAAGCAGUCAUGGAACUUCUUAUAAGGCUACUCUAGAGAAUGGCUUGUUGCUGAGAGUGAAGUGGUUGAGAGAAGGAGUGGCUAAACAGAGGAAAGAAUUUGCUAAAGAGGCUAAAAAGUUUUCAAACAUCAGGCAUCCAAAUGUUGUGGGACUGAGAGGAUAUUAUUGGGGUCCUACGCAGCAUGAGAAGCUUAUUCUUUCAGACUACAUUUCUCCUGGAAGUCUUGCAACUUUUCUUUAUGAUCGACCAGGAAGAAAAGGCCCACCGUUAACCUGGGCCCAGAGACUGAAGAUAGCAGUUGAUGUAGCACGUGGCCUGAACUAUCUCCACUUUGAUCGCGCCGUUCCUCAUGGGAACCUCAAGGCAACAAAUGUGCUGUUAGAUACACCCGAUUUGAAUGCAAGAGUUGCUGAUUAUUGCCUUCAUCGGCUUAUGACUCAGGCAGGUACUACCGAACAGAUUCUUGAUGCUGGGGUUUUGGGAUAUCGUGCGCCAGAGUUAGCUGCUUCCAAAAAACCAACACCCUCCUUUAAAUCAGAUGUUUAUGCUUUUGGAGUGAUACUCUUGGAACUUUUAACUGGAAGAUGCGCUGGUGAUGUGAUAUCUGGUGAGGAUGGAGGUGUUGAUAUGACUGAUUGGGUGAGGUUGCGGAUGGCAGAAGGUCGAGGAUCAGAAUGUUUUGAUGCUGCGUUGAUGCCAGAAAUGGGAAAUCCAACUGCAGAAAAGGGGAUGAAGGAUUUCCUAGGAAUAGCCCUAAGAUGCAUUCGGUCUGUUUCUGAGAGGCCAGGUAUCAAGACAAUAUAUGAAGACCUUUCAUCUAUAUAGCAUGCCCAUCCUAACUACAUAGGUUUUGACAUGUGGGAAUUAAUAUCUCAUUGGUGUCCCAUUUGAACUAGAGUCUAGCUUCUCAACAUUGUUAGUUUGUGGGGUCAACUCUUGUGUAAAAUUUGAGAAUGCAAAUAUCUGUUUGCCGCAUCAUGGGUUAUUGUCUUUUGUCUAUCAUUGAAGAUAUGCAUGCCAUGACUAUGAUCAAUUGUUUACACUUUGCGAUUUCGAUGAACAAACAAUUGGUUAAUACAAAAGGAGAAUCUGAGGUUGCA